AUGCCUGACGUCAAGACCGAUGUCUUCUACGGUGGUACUCCAAUCGCUAGAGACUUGGAGAAGUUGAAGAACAAAGAGACCUGUCCUCACAUUGUAGUCGCUACUCCCGGUAGAUUGCACGCUCUCGUGAAGGAGAAGGGCAUUCGUUUGAACAACGUCAAGUCCUUCGUCAUCGAUGAGUGUGACAAGGUCUUGGAGUCCUUGGACAUGAGAAGAGAUGUCCAAGACAUCUUCAGAAACACCCCUCACCAGAAGCAAGUGAUGAUGUUCUCGGCCACUUUGUCCCAAGAGAUCCGUCCUGUUUGUAAGAAGUUCAUGCAAACCCCAUUGGAGAUUUACGUCGACGAUGAGGCCAAGUUGACCUUGCACGGUUUGCAACAAUACUACCUCAAAUUGCAAGAGGCCGAGAAGAACAAGAAGUUGGCUGACUUGUUGGACUCCUUGGAGUUCAACCAGGUCAUCAUCUUCGUCAGAUCUACCCAGAGAGCUGUUGAGUUGAACAAGUUGUUGUGUGCUUGUAACUUCCCAUCCAUUGCUGUCCACUCCGGUUUGAAGCAAGAGGAGAGAAUCGCCAGAUACAAGUCCUUUAAGGAGUUCAACAAGCGUAUCUGUGUCUCCACCGAUGUCUUCGGUAGAGGUAUCGAUAUCGAGCGUAUCAACUUGGCCAUCAACUACGACUUGCCUGCUGAGGCCGACCAGUACUUGCACAGAGUCGGUAGAGCUGGUAGAUUCGGUACCAAGGGUUUGGCCGUCUCCUUUGUCUCUUCCAAGGAGGACGAGGAAGUUUUGGAGAAGAUCCAGUCUAGAUUCGACGUCAAGGUCACCGAGUUCCCUGAGGAGGGUGUCGAUCCAUCCACCUACAUGAACACCUAA